CCAUCAUCCAACCCGAUUCCCUGGGACCGCAUUGCAGCCGUUUUUGUAUCUAAUUUCCACCGUCCCUUCAUUUCUCAAAAAUGUUAUAAUAUUCAGCGGUCUGAAUUUUCUUUUUCUGACCUUCAGAGGCUACUUAUCGUUAUGGCGAAGGCCCUCUUCUCGGUACCCAUAUUUUUCAUCGUCUUUCGUGAAACCCUCGAGGCUGCAAUUAUUGUGUCUGUUCUCCUCGGCCUUGCAGAGCAGCUUGUCCAUGACGAUCCAGGCCGUAUCUCUGGAGGAACACCUACUGUGUCCCGAUCACAGUCAUCGCAGACCGAGGAUGACCCAGCGACAGUGGAGGAUGGCCAAAUGCAACGUCGUCGCCUUAUCCGGAAAUUACGGUGGAAUAUCUUUGGUGGUGCCCUGAUUGGAUUUUUCGUCGCACUCGCGAUUGGCGCAGCUUUCAUUGCCGUAUGGUUCACCCAAGCAUCAAAUCUGUGGGCGAAGUCUGAGGAACUCUGGGAAGGUAUCUUUGAGCUCAUUGCCUCUAUCAUGAUCUUUGGAAUGGGCCUUACGAUGUUGAAAAUGGAUCGAGCAAAGGCGAAGUGGCGCAUCAAACUUCAUAAGGCUUUCAAUAAUCGAGUCAACGCUGACAGAGAAGGAAAAACCGGCCGUUGGGUGUUGUUCAUCCUCCCUUUGAUCACUGUACUCCGAGAAGGUAUUGAGGCCAUCAUCUUCGUCGGAGGCGUCUCUCUCGGAGAGCCUGCGACUGCCAUCCCCAUUGCUACCAUCGUUGGACUCAUUUGCGGGUGCGUCUGUGGUUUCCUUAUCUACCAGUUCGCCAGUCGAACCACUCUCACCAUCUUCUUGAUCGUCAUGACCAACUUCCUCUUGUUGAUCGGUGCUGGGUUGUUCGCACGGUCCAUUGCUUCCUUCGAGAAGAACGCCUUCAACAACUUGCUUGGUCCUCACAUCAGCGACCUUACAGGAGAUGGUCCUGGGACGUUCCAGGUACAGGGUAACGUCUGGCACAUUCGAUGUUGCGAUGACCAAGGUUGGUCGGUGUUCAGCGCCAUCUUUGGAUGGACCAGUAACGCUACCAUCGGGAGAACCUUGGCCUAUCCCAUCUAUUGGCUGUGCGUAGUUAUCGCCCUCAUUCUCAUGAAGUACACAGAGGGUCGCACCAAGUUAUUCGGACACGAGUCAGCUACCGGGUAUCGUCGCAAAAUGAGACGCCAAGAGAAGGCUGCUGCGGUCGCAACUGUAGAACACGACGACAAGGAGGGUAGUUUUGAGGGGGCUCUGGAAGCAUCGAAGGAAUCUUCCUCCAUAAGAAAAGGUGGUACCGCCAGGCUUGCUUAACGCUGCCCGAGAUCGAUGCUGGACUCUUCUAAGACUCUUCUGCGCUGAUGCAAGUUUCUUUAUGGUCCCAGCAUUCAUAAAGAAGACUUGACGACAUAGAUUCAUUUUUUGCUCAUGUUAAAUUUUUUUUUCUGUACAAGACGAAAAGUAGUACUUAGAGCGGUCACACCAAAGUUUGCGUUUUGAAUGGAUAGCACCGUAGUUUAGGAAGUGACUAGCCCGGGG